AUGAGACCUUUGACGGAGGAAGAGACCAAGGUGGUCUUUGAGAAACUCGCCAACUAUAUCGGCAGAAACAUAUCGUUUUUGAUCGACAACAAGGUCAACCCCCAUGUGUUCAGACUACAAAAAGAUAGAGUAUACUAUGUAUCUGAUGCCAUUGCUAAGUUCGCCACAUCCGUGUCCAGAGACCGUUUGAUUUCCCUUGGAACUUGUCUUGGUAAAUUCACAAAGACUGGAAAAUUCAGAUUGCAUAUCACAUCAUUGACAUACUUGGCUCAGUACGCUAAGUACAAGGUCUGGAUCAAGCCUAAUGGUGAGAUGCCUUUCUUGUACGGUAACCACGUUUUGAAGGCUCACAUUGGUAAGAUGUCUGACGAUAUUCCAGAGCACGCUGGUGUUAUCGUGUUCUCCAUGCAUGACGUACCUCUUGGUUUUGGUGUCUCUGCUAAGUCUACCACUGAGGCUAAGAGUCUCCAGCCUACAGCCAUUGUUGCAUUCAGACAGGGCGAUAUUGGUGAGUAUUUGAGAGAGGAGGACACUUUGUUCACAUAG